GUAAUUUUCGCGCGAAAUGUCUCUGCCGUCGUAUGCUGUCUGAAGACUUUUGUGUCUAAUAUUUCUUUUUUUCGAUGCGGAUAACGAAUCACAUUCACACGUAAACCGGACAAACAGUUUUUUCAUAUCGAUUAUUGUUUGUGUUGUUGUACCUGAUCGCGGAAACAGGAUGGAGUAUUUCACCAGACUGAGAGUCAGACGAGUUUACAAGUGGCGUGGAGAUCCUAUUAGUUUCAACAGGAAGUUAAAAACCUAUGACUAUGGCUCUCUGGCCAUCAGUGUGGAGGGCCUCCCAAAGACCACUGUCAUCAGCACAGGCCAGCACAUCUUCAUCGAGGGAGACGAUGAAGACAACCCGUACGUGGCCAAAGUCAUCAGGCUGUUUGGUGACGAGAGCGGGAAGCAGAAGAAGGCGGUGGUUCAGUGGUUCGUUCGUGUGUCUGAAGUGCCUGUGAGCAAACUGAAGCUGCUGGGCAGAGAGCCUCACCCUCAGGAGGUCUUCUACUACAAGGGGCGCAGCUGUGACGACGAGGUGGACGUCGGGUCCAUCCUCAGACCUGUGAAGGUGAAGCACCUGGAUGGAGCAGCUCCGUUCCCGGACUCUAACGACAGAGACACCCUGUACGUCAAGCUGUCCUGGGACUCCAAGACCUUCAAAAUAGUGGAGCCUGAAUCUGCUCCAGCUUCCCCCCUGCCCCCUCUCCCCUGUCCCAAACCCUCCCCCCCCCCCUCUCCACCAUGCUCCCCGCCCGCAGCAGCUCCUGCGACUCGAGGGCCUGCUCGACGCGCCCUGCCGACCCCGGACCCCACCGUCAUGCGCCGGGCUGCGUCGGGGGAAGUGAGAUACAGCAGGGCCACCAUGAGCGCGGGGAAAGCCGGGACCGCAGAAGCCGAGUCGCUGCACUCCGCUACCAAACUGUCGGCCUCCAAAAGUCUGAGCACCAGGAGGAGGAACGCCUCGGCCAGGACGCCCGGCGUCCGCAAGAAACUGGAGCUCAACAGUCCGGAAAAGUCGUCUAUGAUCCGCGAGGACGUCUUGAAGCUGCUGCUGGACGAGGAGCUGGAGUCGGAGGGGGCGCUGGCUCGCAGGCUGUCAUCGUCAUCCUCUCCUCCUCAGGCCCUGCCCCUCACCCACAGCCUCACCCCCUCCAGGAAGCCCCACAGGGCCCCCAACGCUCAGGGCUCCUUCCCCCUGAAGACCGCCUCCGUUGUCCUCCACAAAGCGUGUCUCUCUGAGAACAGUCCUGCAAGAGACGACUCCAGCAGUCCUCAGCAGGGUGAUGAUGUGACGGAUGCAGGGUUACCGCCCGGCUCGGUUAAGACACCCAGAAGAAGAAAUGCCACGCCGAGGAGGCAGUACGCCAUCAGGGGGCAGAAAGCCACCACUCCGUCUCGAAAAAAAGAUCAGAAAUCUCUGAUGGAACCAGCCCUGGGAGUGCUGGCUGAAGUGGAUGAUGAAAGCUCUCCGAUGCUGCCGGUCGCCGCCACACCGAGGAGCUCCAAGAGGAAGUCGGCCCAGCAGGUGUCGUCCCGCAUCAGAAAGCAGCUGAAUCUCCUAGACAACAAACUGGAUCUGAACUCAGACGGAGAGGACGAGGACGAGUUUGUUCCAUCCAAGAAGGAGCUGCAGAGCAGCAGUGAGGAGGAGGAUGAUGAUGAUGGGGUAGAGGAGGCAUGGCUGGACAGUGAGGAGGAGGGGGUAUCUAAAAAGAGCAGAAUUUCUGCUACAGCGUCUCGUACUCCUCGUUCGAAGCAGAAAACUCGCUCAUCCACCCGAACGCCACGAAAAACUCCAAACAAGAAGAUCACACCCAGCACGCCACGGACUCCUCAUCGCGCCACUCCCAGCAUCCCAAGCAGGUCGCUGCCGGCCCGACAGCCUGCUAACGUUCUGGAGGAGGCCAGAACGAGGCUGCAUGUGUCCUCUGUGCCGGAGUCUCUGCCCUGCAGGGAGCAGGAGUUUCAGGACAUCUACAGCUUCGUGGAGAGCAAGAUCGUAGACGGCACAGGGGGGUGCAUGUACAUCUCAGGCGUGCCAGGCACAGGGAAGACGGCCACAGUCCACGAGGUGAUGCGCUGUCUGCAGCACGCGGCCGAGGUGGACGAGAUCCCUCCUUUCCACUUCAUUGAGAUCAACGGGAUGAAGAUGACGGAUCCUCAUCAGGCCUACGUCCAGAUCCUGCAGAAGCUGACAGGUCAGAAGGCUACAGCCGACCACGCAGCAGCUCUGCUGGAGAAGAGAUUCAGCAACCCUGCACCCAGGAAGGAGACCACUGUGCUGCUGGUGGACGAGUUGGACCUGUUAUGGACCAGGAAGCAGAACGUCAUGUACAACCUUUUCGACUGGCCGACGCGCCGUCACGCCCGCCUGGUGGUGCUGACCAUCGCCAACACCAUGGACCUGCCCGAGAGGAUCAUGAUCAACAGAGUGGCCAGCAGACUGGGUUUGACCAGGAUGUCGUUCCAGCCGUACAGCUUCAAGCAGCUGCAGCAGAUCAUCAUGUCCAGGCUGAACAAGGUGAAGGCGUUCGAGGAGGACGCUCUCCAGCUGGUGUCCAGGAAGGUGGCCGCUCUGUCAGGAGACGCCCGCCGAUGCUUGGACAUCUGCCGCAGAGCCACAGAGAUCUGCGAGCACUCUGCCGCAAACCCUUCUACCACAGGAUUGGUGGGAAUGAGUCACGUGAUGGAGGCGCUGAAUGAGAUGUUUUCUUCCGCCUACAUCACCGCCAUCAAGUGUGCAUCAGUACAAGAGCAGCUCUUCCUCAGGGCGGUCAUCGCUGAGUUUCGGCGGCUGGGAUUGGAGGAGGCCACCUUCCAACAGGUGUUUGUGCAGCACCAGGCUCUGUGUCGGGUGGAGGGUCUGCAGCCCGUCAGCGUGUCGGAGGGCCUGGCGGUGUGUCAACGUCUGGGAGCCUGCAGGUUACUGCUGCUCGAAUCCAGCCGUUUGGGAGUCCUGCAGCGAGUCCGCCUCAACGUCAGCCAGGAUGACGUGCUCUACGCCCUGAAGGCCGACUGAAGGAGGACCCACCUCAGACUCAUUUAUCAAAACCAUGAGACAUUAAAAAGUGAUAUUAAACUGUUUUUAAAGUUUAAAUUAGCUACAGAUUUGGAGUCAUUUGCAUUUGAUGGUA